GCGGCAUGGUAAUCGUAAGGGAACGUGGCAUUGGGUUCGGAUGGAAGUGGUACAAACAUGAAAACGAAGUGUGAUUCGGUUUGUUUCUUUGCCGUUUUAGUUUUAAUUUUAGCAAAUCGGGCUCGAUGCUACUUUAUCACGGUCGAUGCUCACGCCGAAGAAUGCUUUUUCGAUAAAGUAACUACUAAAACUAAAAUGGGAUUAACGUUUGAAGUUGCCGAAGGUGGAUUUCUCGAUAUCGACGUCAAGAUAACGGGUCCAGACAACAAAGUAAUUUAUCAAGGAGAAAGGGAGAGCAAUGGAAAAUAUACAUUUGCUGCUCAUAUGGAUGGAGUGUACACUUACUGUUUCAGCAAUGCAAUGUCUACGAUGACACCAAAAAUUGUUAUGUUUUCCAUGGAUGUUGGAGAGGCACCCAAAGAGAAAGAACUAGAGACCGAAGCUCAUCAAAAUAAAUUGGAGGACAUGAUCAAAGAGUUGGCUGUUGCCCUGACAUCUGUGAAACAUGAACAAGAAUACAUGGCUGUCAGAGACCGCAUUCAUCGUUCCAUUAAUGAAAGCACAAACUCUAGAGUUGUGAUGUGGGCCUUCUUUGAAGCACUGGUGCUGGUUGCCAUGACACUGGGACAAGUUUAUUAUCUGAAACGUUUCUUUGAAGUUAGAAGGGUUGUAUGAAACUUUGUAAAUCAUUAUUUAAUAAACUCUUUGUUUUUGAAGGACGA